CGUGCAUACUUUCGUCACAGGCAUAACCCGGAUGUAGAGUGCCAGUGCUGACAACAAAAAAAUCCUAUCCUGUCGUGGAACAGACUGAAAAAAGCAGGACAGGAGGCCCAGGCAAACAGAGGGACACAGCCAGAGACGCAGACAGACAGACGUACAGAUAGAGGACUGCUCCCAGACUGACAGACAGAGGGCCCAGCUGGCCCAGCCAUGGCAUCAGCCAGCAGCACAGAUGUUUGAGGGACUUUGAUCUGGGGUGUUGCUGUGGGUUACCUGGACAUUCCCCAGCUUGGCUGGACCCUGGUGCUGUGUGUGGUGGUCUGGUUGAAUACUUAGUCCAUUCAGUGGUGUUUUGUUGGGCUCAGCCACCCCUCCACUCUGCCUUCCUCCUGGCUGGUGCUCAGGCUCCACUCAGGCCCCCCCUGCCUCAACGCUGGCGAUGUCAAGAGUCCCGAGUCCCCCUCCCCCCGCGGACAUGUCCAGCGGCCCUGUGGCUGAGAGCUGGUGUUACACUCAGAUCAAAGUGGUGAAGUUCUCUUACAUGUGGACCAUCAACAACUUCAGCUUCUGUCGUGAGGAGAUGGGUGAGGUCAUCAAGAGCUCCACCUUCUCUUCGGGAGCCAAUGACAAGCUUAAAUGGUGUUUGCGUGUAAACCCUAAAGGCCUGGACGAGGAGAGUAAAGACUACCUGUCCCUCUACCUGCUCCUGGUCAGCUGUCCCAAGAGCGAGGUGCGUGCCAAGUUCAAGUUCUCCAUCCUCAAUGCCAAGGGAGAGGAGACUAAGGCUAUGGAGAGCCAGAGGGCAUACCGGUUUGUCCAGGGGAAGGACUGGGGCUUUAAGAAAUUCAUCAGGAGAGACUUCCUGCUGGACGAGGCCAAUGGGCUGCUGCCUGACGACAAGCUCACUCUCUUCUGUGAGGUGAGUGUGGUGCAGGACUCUGUGAACAUCUCAGGUCAGAACACUAUGAACAUGGUGAAGGUGCCAGACUGCAGGCUGGCUGACGAGCUGGGAGGGCUUUGGGAACACUCCCGCUUCACUGACUGCUCCCUGUGUGUGGCGGGACAGGAGUUCCAGGCACACAAAGCCAUCCUGGCAGCCCGAUCGCCAGUGUUCAGUGCCAUGUUUGAGCAUGAGAUGGAGGAGAGUAAAAAGAACCGUGUGGAGAUUAACGAUGUGGAGCCAGAGGUGUUCAAGGAGAUGAUGUGCUUCAUCUACACGGGCAAAGCCCCCAACCUGGACAAGAUGGCUGACGACCUGCUGGCUGCGGCUGACAAGUAUGCUCUGGAGAGGCUGAAGGUGAUGUGUGAGGAUGCUCUGUGCACCAGUCUGUCUGUGGAGAACACUGCAGAGAUCCUCAUCCUGGCAGACCUGCACAGUGCAGACCAACUCAAAACACAGGCUGUGGACUUCAUCAACUAGUGAGUGGCACACACACACUGCA